UCCUGAUAGAAGAUUGAGAAGCCGUUUAAAAUGUGGAAGUGCUUAGUGUUCAUUAUAAUGACUUCAAAACUAUCAAUACUAGUCGUUGCAAGUGAUAACAACUACGCAAAUAUACCAACUGUAACAACUACACGAUUUUCCAACUCAUCAGCCCAGGAAGGCACGUGUAAACCGCAACAAACCAAAUGUACUUGCAUUUGUGAAGUUAUUCCCGAUGAACCACCUAGUACCACAACUGUUUCGACACUCCCUUCUAGUAAGAGUUCUGCAUCAACUACAACAGAUUGUACUACUUCUACAGAAGCGACAACUAGCACACAGUUAGAUCUCUGUAGCCAGUACGAGUCUCUUUGUCCAAAAAUGGACGAUGAUCAUCCAAUAUAUAUUCCGCAUCCAAAUUGCAGUGCAUUCUGUAAAUGUGGCAAUGGCCGCAUUUUCUACCGUUCUUGCAGUGUUGGUCUUCACUUUAAUCCUGUAGAGAAAGUUUGUGAUCAUCCUAGAAAUGCUAAAUGUACUGGUUUACCGCCACUACCAUCGGAUUCAUGUAAAGCAUUAUCGAUGUACUGUCCAAUUCCGGAUGGAGACCAUCCUUUAUACAUCCCGCUUUCAAACUGUAGUGCUUUUUGUAAAUGCACGAAUGGCGAGGCUAUAUACCAUCCUUGUCCUGAUGGACUCCAUUUCAAUGCUAAGAAGAACGUUUGUGACUGGCCAGCAAAUGCUGCAUGCGAUAGGGAAAAUUGAUAUCGCAUUUAAUUAUUCAACACUCUCACCUACUUUAGAGAAACCAUAAUUGAGAUUUACAACGUUUAAAAUAGUAUGAAAUAAGUCAAUUGUGAUGAGAGAUUUUGCAAAUAGAAUAGAAAUUAAGCACUAACAAGCAAAUUUAUUAACGCACUUAUUACCUAUUGUUUUGUCCCAGGGAAAAAGAACUUUAUUAGGGAUUAGAAACUAUUUCGAUUUUUUUCUAGAAUUUCUUUUGUCUAAAAACAUUUUCUUUAUUCGUGUAUGUUUAUUUUUAGGUCCUAAUAUAUUAUUAUUAUUAUUAUUAUUAUUAUUAUUAAACGUUUUUAUAAUAGCAAAUAAAGAUUACAAAAUAAAGUUACAAAUAUUCUUACCUACUCGCUAAUAAUCGAUGAUCUGCGAUAAAUGUCAGAAGUCGCAUUCUUGUUUACAUAGUAAACAAGAACCGCGUUCUUCCACUCAGGUAUGAAACAGUGUAUAGUCGGGCCACCGAAGAAAUAUAGCAAUAAAACCGGGCGCUAAACCUUCGAGGGGUCUGACAGGCAAUAGACGAGCGGGUUUUCACCCACUUUAUACCUUCUCGUGAUUAAUCAAAUUUAAUAAAAGCAUGAAUUCAUUUUAUCAGUAUGUGAGUAUAUGCAUGAAUGCGAUUCCAAUAAAUUAUUUUGGGUUAAAAUUACAAUGAAAAUCUAUAUACCUGAUUUUAAGUAUUCUCUAAUUCAGGUAACCUAUAUAAUUAUUAACUCAUUAUGGAAUAUAAAUUUUCUAGUUUCGAGAAUGUAGGUAGGUACUCAGUAAUUUCUUGCUCAGGUAAAAUGAUGAUUUUAUAUAAUAAUUAUGGUGUACUCCAACUGUUUUUUUU